AUGAAAGAUGUCGAGAAAGGCCUACUAACCAACCAUGGGAAAAGCCCUCGAAAAGAAAAAAGUCGAUUGAUUCCUGAAUUACAAUUGAAUGUCACAAAGUUCUAUGAAGAUGAGGAACAGAUGAAAUUAAUGUUAUGCGAGGAGAGUCCAGCGUUGAUUGGUGAUGGAGUUGAUGAGGAAAUUGGUGAUGAAAUCGAAUUUUAUCAACAUCACAACGACGAUGAGAUUUAUGAGAUUGUUUGCUUCCAUCGAAUAUGGCGUUGUCCAAAAGCUUCUUUAUUAGCUUUUACUUUACUUUUAGCACUUGCAUUGGGAAUCGUUGUUUUGGUAAUCGUCAUGGUUUGCACAUUCAUUUCCCUUUCUCAAGACAAAUCAGAAUCCUCUCGUGAAGAUGUACUCGGCGUGAUCUCUUGGUUACAUUACCCAGUUGGUGAUAUUCCCGUUCGUCGUCUCAAUCAUUCCCUUCCUCUUCAACAUCUAAACAAUUUUCAUUAU